AAUCGAAAACAUUGCACCAACCAAAAUUACACGUACUCGAUCGGAUCAAACAAACAUCUGUGGUCGUAAAAUCCUGUGAUUUUCAGUGUUAUAAGAGAUGGCAAAUUUAGAUGAUACGGAAGAUGUUGCUCUGGAUUUUGGAAGUGAAGAUGAAGUGAGCAAGGCUGCUUGCAGGUCACCAAUUACAGCAUUCUUCCACCUCUUGUUUCGUGUCAGUGCUAUGGUCACAUACCUGAUAUGCACAUUGUUCAGCAGCAGUUUUAUAAUCAAUUUUGUUGUCAUAGUCCUUCUUUUGUCAAUGGAUUUCUGGACAGUGAAGAACAUCACAGGACGCAUCUUGGUCGGACUUCGCUGGUGGAACUACAUUGAUGAGGACGGUAAAAGCCACUGGGUAUUUGAAUCACGGAAGGGCUCAAAGAAGAAACAUGUUGAAACUGCUUCCGAGUCCAGAAUCUUCUGGUUGGCAUUAGUUGUGUGCCCUGUAAUAUGGGUAUUUUUCCUCUUCACCUCAUUGAUAAAGUUCAAGAUAGAUUAUACGCUGAUUGUUCUUAUUGGCAUUUGCCUUCAGGGUGCUAACCUCUAUGGCUAUGUUCGCUGUAAAGUUGGCUCCAGGAAACAGCUGUCCGGCAUUGCAACAACAUUCUUAGGCCAACAGAUCUUAAGAUCCACUUUAUCUAAAACAUCAACUUCUGAAACCAACUAAAGACAUGCAAAACCCAUCCACCAAAAUUAGUCAACAUCUAAAGCCGGCUGAGUACAGUAUACACUAUCAGAUGUUUCUCAGAUAUAUUUCAAUAAACUCUGAUCAAACUGAUUAUACCCUACUGAAGUCUGAUCAAUGUUGACGUCAAUGCAUACACUGCCGCUGAGAGAGGGGGAAAGCGAGGCCAGUACCCCGGGGCCCAGGACAAAACAAUUUUUUUUCAAUAAUGUGUAUUGGAAAAAAUAUAUAUUUUGAAUGACAAUCACGUUAUGUCUCCCUUUACAUAACAAACCUGCACCAGGUGCCUCCACCAACCUCCUAUUUCCCCGCUCCAGGGACCCUGAAUGUAUAGGUAAUGGCUCUGUCCUGUUUGUGGUUGUGAGAAGAACUUGGUGUUGGUGUGUACAACAUGCUUGAGCAUUAUGACCUUUUUACCCUUCCCUGAUAUUAAUUAUAUCCCUGUAUUUGGUAAUUAAUAUUAAUGAAGGUCCAAAGAUGAAGCACAGCAUUCGGGACACUCAAUACCUACAGAACAAGACAAUAGUAAACAGAAAACCUAUUAAGUUGAUUGGCUUAGCUUGGGGUUAGCCUCAAAUGCUUCUUACAACAUGUGGAAAGUAGAAAUAUUGUUCCCUUAAAACUAUUUUACUUUACUAGGUUAUGUUUUGAAAAGUUCAAAAUUUGAGGUUUAUCAGCUUUUUUUUUUAUGCUGUAAGCAACAUUAUAUUUGACACUUCCAAGAUUUUUAAAGAAUGUUUAUGGUGAAAGAUAUAUUUUUGCAAAAUAGAGAUAAAGUGCAGUACCUUUUUUUGUGCAAUUAUAUAGUAUAGUUUACUCUGAUGUCAUCUUAUUACACCCUGUGUCUUGUCUGCUUUCUUCUCCUGACCCCGUUGGUUAGUUGUAAGGUGAUGUAAUAUAUUUACUGUAAUUUCUGGUGGUUCUUUUUGUUAUGAUUAUAUUUAUUCAUUCAAUUUAAUUCAUCAUUUGUAAGAAUUUUAAUAUUUUACACUUUAAAAGUUUUGUAUGUCUAAUUAAUUUACAGUAUAUUAUUCAAAUAUUGAAUUUACAUUUAACUAACACCUCAAAUAGAAGCCCUGGGCUUCUGUUUUUUUAGGACCCUUGGAUGGGCUUCUUUUCAAAAUGAAUGCUGUAAAUAUUGUUAUUGCUACUAUAUGCAAAUUUUCAAGUAUUGAAUUUGAAAUUCUAUUUAAUAUUUUUUAAAUUUUAAACAUGCUAGUACAAUAAAAUAACAUUGAUACUGACACGCUAUCAUAAUAAUCAAAUAUAACGUCAGUCUGAAUUUAAAGACCAUGGGCUUCUUUUCAAGAUUACUUUUGCAAACUGAAGAGUGGGGCUACUUUUUGAGAUGGGCUUCUCAAGAUUAAGCCCAUGGGGCUUCUAUUUAAGGUUUUACAGUACCUCUUCAUGUCAAAUUUGUGUUUAAAUUUACGAUAUGGGUGCAUUAUGGGUUCCAUUGGAUGCAUCCAGUACAUUUGAUAGGGAAUGUGAUGUAAUUGCAAGUAAUUGUUAGUAAAAGACAAUAUUUCUUAAUUUUUAUCUGCUAAUUAUUUUUCACAUUGGUUGAAUAUGAUGUAAAUACAAUGUAUAAUACAUUAUACCAUUAAAGUAUCUGAUAACUUAA